CUAGGGAGAUGUCCCAUCCUCCUCGCGCCGCCACUCCUAUUGUCUCCUCCCGCCUCGGGUUCUUCCCCGAUCCAAAAUCCUCCCUCGAAUUUCCAACCGGACCAAUUCCCUCGUCGUCGCCCAAGUUCCACCCCAACCAGAGCAGCCCCAUCCCCGCAGGAGCGCCCUCGGCCUCCUCUGUUUUUUCCUCGCACCCGUAGUAGCAGCUCCACACGCCCGUGGAUCCCCUUUGCCUUGCCUGAGCUCACCGGGGAGCAGAGCACCACGGCGCCCGAGUUCCUGCGCCCCCUCUUGAUCCAGGAGGCCGAGCUCCCUUGCCUGAGGCCGCCGUCUUUGACCGGCCUCGUCAGACGCCAUCGCCCUGCUGCCUUCUCCUUCCUGUUCGAUCCGGAGGAGAGGAGCUCCGCCAUGGCCCCGCCGUCAAGCAGCUCGACCCCGCCGCGGCCUCAAGUCCUCUGCCCGUCGCCAUGAACGCCGCAGGAGCACCAACGCCACUAGCAGCCGUGCGCCUCCUCCCUCGUCCCAGCGGAGCCCCGUCCUCCCCGCGCCUGUCCCGUGUGCCCGGCGCUCCAACCCCAAGAAGCAGCAGCGCCCGAGCGCUCCUCUCCUCGCCGCUCCUCCACCGCCCUGCUCAGUUCGUCGCCGUCUCCGCAAGAUCCGGCGAGGCCCUGCGUUCCCAGCCUCGUCCCCGCCUCCAGGCCGCCACUGCGUCCCCUGCUUGUCGUCGCGCCGGCUUCUGCUUCCUCUUCUUCAAGCAGGAGUUCUGCUCGUCCCGCGCGCCUGAACACCGAGCAGCUGCGCUCGUUCUCGAGAGCGUUGACCAAGGCCCAGCGCCGCCCCAGCCUCGUCCGGCCCAGCCGCCCCCUCUCCACCAGCAAGCCAGAUCUGGCCCGUGCUUCGGUUUCAUUCCGGAGUUGUGAGGAUUCGUUCGACUACAUCCGUUUGUCUUCUUCAU